CAUAUCCGCCGUUGGUACGGGUUUCACAAAUAUCACGGCCGAAUUUUCGGGCGUGAUUGGCUGGGUACAAGUGCGCGUGGUCAAAACGGUCUCCGUUCAACUCGCCUCAUACCCUUCCCCGAGUUACCCUGGAUCUACCAAUGCGGAGAAGCGCAUAGCGUACCGAUACUUUGGCACUUCUGGAGAUGUAAUUUACCAGAAUCUUCAACUGACUGCACAGACGACCCUGAGCAACGGCGACGUGAACCCCGUGCCCAUGACCGAUCUAGCAAUUAGCGCCACCUCACUCCUUCCCAGCGCCACCGUCUCAUCUUCGGGCCUCAUCCAAGCUGCUGAUGCUGUUGAGGGCAAUGUGCGUGCUCUCUUUGGCAUGAUCGAGAGCAAUGAGGUGAUGAUCACUAUUUCCAAUUCCUCGGUCGUGGUUGACACCAUCGGUUUGCACUCGUUGCUUGCCUAUGGUGGCAGUGGCAGCGUGGACGCAAGUCCCCUGACCAUCCGUGGGGUUGUGGGUGCUACAGCUUGUCGACAACGCAUCGACCUCAUCUUCAAUGACACAACCGAACUCAGUGAUGUUGUGCCGUAUUCGGGUACCCCGGUGCUUCCUGGUCUCUUGGCCUUCAGUGUUGACAACAGCAGCAACAUGGUUGUUGCGGCCGACUCUGUCACAGGUGCAGUUCAACUCAUCGAUAAUGGCGAGGCCUUGCUUCAUGUCCACGCCACAGUGCCCAGUGGCUCAGUAAGCAGCUCCCUCAAUCCAUACGUCAAUCUGGAACCAGAUGCCGGCGAUGUGGAUCUUGGUCCCAUCAGCGGAAGUCUCACGCUACAAGUUCCUAUCGGCCCAAGUGCCCUGACCCUGCCCGUUCGGGUAAACACAAAUGGAGCUGAUGUGGGUGCCUUUGAUUUGCGCUUGACGUGGACUGCUGGUAGUCUGAGCAUUGGUGGGGUGACCAAGUCUUACGCGGAGGGUGAGAUUGCUUUCAAUGUGGAUGGCCGUGAAUUGUCAGUCAGUGGAGUUGUGCAGUCAACGCUGCAAGGCGCUACUGUUGAGUUGUUUCAAGUGACACUCAGCCAGGACACCCCUGCUGCCCAGCUUGCCAUCUUAAGUGGGCAGGUUGACUCACUGAAGGACAAAGAUGUCCCCGCUCAGGAUAUUGGUAGCAGCACGCCGCGUACGUUCGUGGCAGGCGUUGUUGUGCUUGAAUUAGAUGUGGCCCGCCGACGACGAAGCAGUGAGGCCGCUGGCGUACGCGCGGCGUGGGCGCCAACGGCAACUUCGCGCUCGCGGCGAGCCUGUGGUCACCCUCUGGAUGCUGACGGCACUUGUACCUUUGAUGCCGGUGACUCGUACUUUACACUCCUUUACACCAUCACCGCACCGUCAAAUUUUGUGAGCGCAACGGGCCAGCAAGUGGCAGCAGUUCUUGCAGCAAAUGCUGAAUUAGAGGGGCGCCUCGACGCUGACCGUAAUGGAGUAGUUACGGGCACUGAUUUGCUUUUCCAACUGCAAAUCCUUGUGGGGUCCAUGUUUUUUGUUCCUUCUUUUGAGGUAGAACGGUGGAACAGUACCGCUGGCGAGUGCCGCGUAGAACUCGCCACCAGUGUGCUGACUGCAAGCCUGGAGGAAGUCAACAACAGUGCUGUCGAAGCUUGGCUGGUUUUCUUAGCGACAGAUGGCAGUGUCAAUAGCUCGCUGGCUGAGCGAGUCGUGCGAGGCUUUGACAAUGCGUCUGGCUUGGCUGUCUUUGAUGCGCUAGGUGGCAGUGCUCAGACGGUUGCCGUGGCGGUCCCCUACACGCCAGGCACGGCCUUGACCAUCCCGCUCCUUGGAGAUUCGACCGCGAUUGAUGUGCUAUUUUUUCUGCGGGUGCUGGCCAGUGACCAGUUGAAGUACUUCGGAGGUGCGGUGACCAGUCCAUAUGAGUACAACUUUGAGUUGAACGCGACGGUGUCAAGCGUGGAAGGCACGAUGGUCAAUCUUAUUAGCGAAGGCGUAGGUGGAUUCAAUCCGCGCCCACUGCAGAAUACAGGAUCGGGAGGCGAGGAAUACUGUUAUUAUGGGUGCCGAGGGUCGAUCGAGUAUUACAAUGCAGCAAGUGACAGUUGCGUAGCACGAAGCGUCUGCGAGGGUCCGGCCCUCAGCAAUGGGACGUCUACGGAAGACCGUGAGUGUGUAAGCAGCACCUCCGGUAUCUCCAGCACGUCCAGUACCUCCAGUACCUCCAGCACCAGCAGUACCAGCAGCACCAGCAGUACUUCCAGCACCUCCAGUACCUCAAGCACCAGCAGUACCUCCAGCACCUCCAGUACCUCGAGCACCAGCAGCACCAGCAGUACUUCCAGCACCAGCAGUACUUCCAGCACCUCGAGCACCAGCAGCACGAGCAGCACCUCCAGUACCUCGAGCACCAGCAGCACCAGCAGUACCUCGAGCACCAGCAGUACUUCCAGCACCAGCAGUACUUCCAGCACCAGCAGUACUUCCAGCACUUCCAGUACCAGCAGCACCUCCAGUACCUCGAGCACCAGCAGUACCUCGAGCACCAGCAGUACUUCCAGUACCUCGAGCACCUCCAGCACCUCCAGCACCUCCAGCACCUCCAGCACCAGCAGUACCUCCAGUACAACUACCGCCAUCCCCUCAGGCCUCAUUGCUGCCACGUUUAAUCAAAGCUCCUACGGCACCCUGCCUGUUCAAUUGGCCCUCUCAUCAAGCCCCUCUAUCAGCUCAGCCUUCUUUGCUGCACCUAUUGACGCUGACGCCACCACAAGCCUCUACAAUGCUAGUCUUCCUCUCUCUUCGUCUGUCUCUGCGGCCGGCUUUGUUGGUCAAGUCAAGACACCUUCUGUCUCACUCAGUCGUCCGUUGUUGCCCGCCACCACCAUUGCCAUUACGCUACCCACCAACGCCGUGUACUACGAUGAUCGAACCAUUCGCGUAUUAUUGACUGCCAGUGGCAUUCACGGCCAUACGCGAAUCUCAAACACGCUCAUCACAGCCGUCAUUCAGAUUGAUGGCGAGCCGGCAUUCCAGUCCAGCUCAACGUCUUGCACUGUAUCGGCAUCGACUUCGGGCGUGUGCUCGGUAGUGCUAACUGUUCCAACAGCAUGGUUUGACCGUACUGAUGAAACCAACAUCCGCAUUCAGGCGACACAGGCUGCACUUGGACUGGUCGCCACCAGCGACACCAUGAUCUUGUACAAACAACAGUCUCUGGGUGUGGUGGCCAACAAUUUGUUUGCCGUGUUUCCUUCGGCGCCGCUGUUUGCCGGCACCAGUAAUGAAAUUUUGCUCUACGCAAACACAUCGUUCGAAGUUGAGCUCUUCCAGGUGCGCUUUUCAGUGCAACACAGCGGCCUCACAAUUUCGGGCUUCAGCGUGGACUCGAGCACCUGGACUGGUUCAUAUGACAUUGUGCCAGACGCCACGUCCAUCAUCGCGCUUUUCCGCCGUCAAACCAAUGCAGAUGUGACUUAUCUAGACGAUGGUAGUGUGCUUUUGGGCAGUUUACUAAUUAACGCCGCUGCCACGGUCGCGGACAGUAGUACGCGCAUUGGCGUGUACUGCGAGACCCUAGACCUUGUUGAUGAUAAUACUGUCACACAAGUCCCUGCUGGCCAAACCGCAUUCCCCGUCCCGAUGGUCACGAAUGACCGUUAUAAUGGCGCCAACGUGUCCGGACUUGGAUCGGUGGUUGUUGUUGAGAAAGCUGCGACUGCUGUGAUUGUCUCGCCAUUGCACCCGUACCUUCUUGACCUGGCCGAGUGGAGUGUAUUAAAUCCGACCAUGCCAUUUGCCCGUGUGGUCGUAUACAAUGACGGCUCUUAUUCAACCUCUCCCUCAGGCAUCACCUGCAGUGCCCCUAGUGCUGGAUUCACCUUCAACACAGCCUGCACCCAGCUGACACUGUCGACCCACCUCGGCGCCACCG